AUGCCUCUCCUUGCCUUACCGAACGAGCUCCUGCUAGCGAUAGCGGAAGCACUGGAGUCCCAGAGCGACCUAAAUUCAUUAGCACAAGCUGAUCGUCGCUGCUGGGGUCUAUUGAAUCCGGUUCUCUACGCCUACAAUGUCAAAAACCACAACGGAGACGCACUUCAUUGGGCAGCAAAACAUGGCCAACUACAAACAGCUCAAAAAUCACUUCGGCAAGGUGCCCAUGUUGAAUCAACACAAUUUGAUCUUCGACCUUUGGGCCAAGCCGCCCGCUCAGGGCACGCAGAUAUUGCUGCCCUUCUCAUCGCACACGGCGCCGAUGUCUACGCCAAGAAAAAUCGAUCUUCUACCAAUGCCAUCACAAUAGCUGUCUACGGCAACAAAGCAAGUGUGCUUCAAGUGCUGCUCGACCAUGGUGUGGAUCCAAACUUCCAAUGCACAAACGAAGAUAGAUUAUUGCACAUCACAGCCCGAAAGUCUCCCCGUAACCGACUGGCAAUCGCGAAGCUUCUGGUCGAGAAAGGGGCCGACCUGGAAGCGCUCUCGCACUUCUCUGAAACUGCUCUGCAAAUCGCCUGCAAAGAAGGCUCUUCCGAUGUGUUGCGUUAUCUCGUUGAAUCCGGUGCUGAUCUUGGUAAAAGGACCCCCGAGGGAAGAACGUUACUACACCUGGCCGCUCAUAAAGGCAACCUGGAGGCCAUCGAGCCAUUGUUGGAAAAAGGCGUCGACAUGGAGUCCAGAGAUAAUGAAGGGUUCACACCCUUCCAUUCGGCAUGCUACAAUGGCCAUCUCGAAGUGGCAAGGCUUUUGUUGGAUCAUGGCGCAAAUAUCGAGGCAAAGUCACACAAAAGACACACACCGCUACUCAUGGCAAUACUCUGGGAGACCACUGUCUUCGUUGGGGCUGAUUCGAUGCCUGUUGGUAUAACUUCGUUCUUGCUGGAGCGAGGUGCCAAUCCAAAUGAGCCAAAUGAUUCGGGGAUCGCGCCAAUCCACAUUGCAGUGUCAAAGGGAGAUGCGCUGUGCAAGCUUUUGCUCCAGCACGGGGCCGAUCCAGGCCUUGCAACUGAGGCUGGCUCUACACCGCUACACAAAAUAGCAUUGGGUGGCUCUCUUGAGGCAGUAAAGCAUUUGCUGCAACAAGGCGCUGAUGUGCAGCCAAAAGAUGCAGAUGGCAAUACACCGCUCCAUUUAGCAGCGAGGAGAUAUGAACCUGCGCUUGUGAAGCUCCUUCUUGAGGCUGGUGCCGAUCGAUUUGUCACGAACAACCAGGGCCAGCUUCCCAUACAUCUUGCGAAGGAGAAUACCGUGGGGGCACCGCUCACAAAGCGACUCAGGGCAGAGGAGGUCAUGGAUUUACUGGAAGGGUUUCCUGCUCAGUGUGGUGGAAGUUCUGAGCCGGUGACAUGA